AGGACCUCACUUCCUAUGAUCGCCACUUCCUCUAUGAUACGGAAUCCAAUCUCGUGAAUGUCCAUGUCUCAGUAGUAACAGGAAAAACUUCAGCUUCAAUUUUCAAAUCAUUUUGGCUGCUCGUAAACACGAACAAGAUGCAACACGAUCAGGGAACCCCACCAGUCAUUUCUGCAGCCGCCGCCAGCACUGCAGCCUCUCAGACGAAACCUUCCCAAGACGUCGUGGCUCCCAUAAUACCUCUUUUGCCCGAGGAGGACACCUCUGAUGACAGCGACAGUGGUAUUCCACACCAAGAACGUCGCAACAAUUUCCCGCAAACCUACAGCAAGACCGUUCUCCUGCUGCAAAAGAAAGCCAGCCGCCGCUGCUCCAAUGCCUACUUCCAGGCGAAGAAUGAUUUUGAAACGAAGAAGCAGGGACUGCUCGAGUUUCAAAGGGCGCUACUUUCGUCCUCUACUCCAGCAAACAAGGAGGACCAAACGCAAGUCCAGGCGGCCAUGAAGGAAAAUGAGCUGGAUUACGAGAAGAAAAGGACGAAGAUUAAGGAAGAAAAGCUGAACCAAAUGCAGUGGAAGGCCACGGCGAUGGUGAAUAUCAUGGCGGUGAACGCACUGGGUGUGUGUUUUGAGAAGAGGAAGCAAUUUGAGUUGGGAGAAUUUCAAAAGCUGUCGACGAAAGCCCAAGACGAGUUUUUGGCAAACAAAUCCGGCACAAGCGCGAAGUCCGUGUACAUUACCAUGCACUUUCCCGAGGAUUUGCUGCGGGUCAUAUACCAGUUUCUCGCGGGUGAGUACGGAAUAUGACAGUGCACAACUCCCCCUCCCCCUCAUCCACGGCAAUAGCAUGAACGGCAAUACAAGCAUCAGCAAGAAUGCCGGUUUUGCAUGAGAAAUUUGCGCUGGAGUGUAGUGCUAUUUGGGCUGCCAGAACUUGUCAUGCAAUCAGUGCCAAGAGGCAAAAGCAAAACAGGGGAUUGGGUAUUUUGCAUGACAAAUGAGGGUCUCGCUGUUGUUCUUAGGGGGCGGAUAACUCCGUCCCCGCCCGCCUUUCCCGAAAAAUAACCCUUUCAGGUAGAAGCGUUGGAUCUCCUCCUGGCAGCCAGCAAACGAGCCCGUCGAGCCGACGCAUCCAGGGACCAGGCACGGACGGUCUUCCCAACCAGAAAACCAGCACCCCCGGAAACCAGGGUAGGCUCCUGUAGAGCCUACGCGCCAAGUGAUCCCUGUAGAGAUCACUCACGAGUGCGGCACACCUGCAGUUGUGUCUGGUUUCCGGGACGGCAGCGGCUAGCGACAACCAGUGGGCCCCACCUCUCCCACCGGCGUCCCGAUAUCGGCGUCACUCCCGGAAACCAAGGCAGACUCCUGUAGAGUCUGUCCGCCAAGUGAUCCCUGUUGUGAUCACGCACGAGCGCGGCGCGCCUGUAGCGCGUUCGGUUUUCGGUGCGAGUGCCAGUGCUGCGAUAGUCUCGAAGACUUCUCCUCUGGCGGCGGUACUUCUCUGUAUAGCCAUCAGCUUUUCCGUUAAUCCGGAUUCCCGAUCGCCGUCUCUGUCGUCCUGCGAGAAGCAGUCCUGCCCAGCUGUCUUGUCCGGUUUCGAUAAUCUCCCGCUGCUGCUCCUCAUGCUCCGACUUCCCGCAGUCGGGAUCUCAUCCGGGUGUUUUUCUCCAGCAAUGCCCAUCACACUCGUGCUUCGUCCUUUCCUGUCCCCAGUGCUCUUCUACAUGCAUCCUGUUCCCUUCGGCUUCGCGACCGCUGAAACGGAAACCGUUCUUGGAGUGAGUCUAUCACCUACGGCAGGUUAGCGUCCACCAGCCAGCAGUUUCGCAGCCGGGGGCUCCCUCAUCCGGUCCAUAGACAGGCGCUCCCACUUCAUCGUGCCGUAAGCUCAUAUUUGGUCCUUCUGUGGUCGAGGCCUUUCCUCGGGGGUUUGGGCUUGGGGCGCCAGGCGUAUGGACGGCUUCGCAGCUACGUCGUGAUCGACAAACUGUGAUCGACGAUUACUAGUUGUGUUGCUGGUCCUGUGCCGGUCGCGGGGCAUGUUCGGGUGUUCCGGGCAGUGCUUAGAAGUGCACCCCUCGGACCCCGCACCCCCCCGGGCUUUAGCUGCGCAGUCUGUUAAGCAUGACAAAUGAGGGGGAGUGGGAGUUGUGCACUGUCAUACGGAACAAAGACCAGGUUUGGCUUCAAUAUUCGUGUGGACGACCAGCCUGAUCAUAUUGUGAACACUAAUUAUGCCGCAAGCGCAACGUCAAACAGUAUCAAUGACAGUGGAAAAAUAAACCAAAACCUGACCACCUCCGCGCCGCUUGCAACAUCAAGUAGAAAUAAUGCUUUGUCGCUUUUCCAACGGCGAGACACCGCCAGUAUGAAUCGGGGUCUGGACGGGCGCAUCAACAUUUGGCACGCGUUAUCCUUUGCAAAAGUAUCGUCCUAGUACUAGUCGUAACUGCAUAUAUGCAGAUUUCAAUUUCUUUACCACCAUGAGAAAUGGAAUUCGUCAUAAUUCGGAUUUACAUCUUAAGAAAAAGUAGAUAAAAGCUUUGUACUGCAUGACUGCAAUUACUUUUGCAAUGCAUACGCGUUCCGGGUGAUUUCAUCCAGGAACACGGAGUUGGACUGCGCGAAUCAGUAUUUCUACCAGAACAAGAAACUUCUGGUCGAGAUGGAGAAAAACAAGAAAAAGAAACAGGAAAUGCUGGCGGAGGCAGAACGGGUCGCGGGGCAAAAGGCACCGUUUAUCCACGACGAAGAGAUGAAAGAACUGGCGCGGGCGAAGGAAAACGAGCAACAAAAGAGCGACUCGCAGAGAACGAAGCGAACGGUCGUGGAGGAAAGUACUGGAAGAACGUCUUCUGCAGAAGUGAAAGAGGUAAAAGGGACUGAUCUUUCGCAGCAGGCCGGUGUAGAUGAUGUUUGUACAGCUAUCAAAUCUAUACCGCCCUGCAGUCACCAAGACCAAGUCGAACUCGAAAUUGAAACUGAAAAACCGAAAGUGCAAAGAACAAGCGACUUCAGUAAGAAGAACGCCAAGCAAGCCGACUUGGGUGAAGAAGACGAUAAUAAAAGACUCGCGGAAUUCCAUCAACCGCCGCCAAACGAGUUUCUAAGCCAGCGGCUCGCGGACUUCACGAAGUCAGAGCAGCGGUUCGGCGGCGCGGGCCCGCGCCGAGUGGCGGCGGAUCGCGGCCACGGAACGUUUUUGCUCACCCUCGACCUCUGCGAGGCGAUCCAAGAGGUCGACGCGUUUCCGGGAAGCUGUUUGCAGAAACUGGUGUGCGAAGUGACCACGUUCGACAUCCCGCAAGAUCUGAAACUGAAUAAAAACGACAUCCGGUUCAACGAAAACGCGCCGAAGCCCGCGGUGCUCAACAAGUUUCAGUCCUACUGUCUGGAUCCCACGAAGCACGAGUUCUGCGAAGUGCGCCCCUGGAUGAAAUUUUGGCCCGGGAAGGAGGACUGCUUCGAGAUCAAAGACAUCGUCCUAUCCGCGAAGCUAUCAGAUGCAAAAACGUCUGGGUCUGGAAACUUGUAAUGCUGUGUUGGGAAUAGUGAAUGCACUGUAAUGCACAGCCAAGCAUGAGAAAUAUCUGCGCUUCUUUGUGUUGCGUUUUCCGCAUGAGAAACUGCGUUUUUGCAUGACAGGCAAAAGGGUAUCUUCUUGGACACGCAUCACAAACUUUUUUGUCAUGCCAGAUAAGCAUGACAAAUCUCGCAAUCUUCCAGACCCAGACAUUUUUGCGUUUGGUAGAAGCCGCUAGACGAUUCCUUUUUUUCGGACAAAACCUCCACUGGCUUUUCUGCUUCUACUAGCGGAAACAAUCUUCCCGGUUCAGCCAGCAGGUUUGUACUACCUGGUGUACCCGGAUACCAAUCAGUAAAGAAUCGCGCAGCUAAAGCUACCGGGGCAGGAGCCUCGUCAUCUUCUUCCUUGACCCAUGUCGUGGCAGCCAAAGCUGCUGGCGACACAACGGCCACCACCGCAAUGAAGAAGCCCCCGGAUGAGGAAAACCAUGUUUCAGACGAGGCAGUGGCAGACACGAGCACUAAUAUCCCAUACUGUUCUCCGGACAAGUUGAUCACGACUGUGACCAUCACCUACACCGACAAGCAGAACAGCGGUGUGCCCCGCACAUUUAAUCACGUUCUGAAGUUGCACACCGCGGUGCUGUGCUUCAAGGGCCUGGACUACGAACUGUUAGUGCAGCUUGCCAAGGAUCAUACCGCACAGAAGCAGUUCCUGAAAUCGUCCAUGCGGGAUCACCGCGUCCCAGCUUAUUCGCACGCAGCGCCCGAUAACCGUCCGGGCGUUGCUCCUCCGGCUUGGACGUCGGGUGCAGUAACUUCCAGCCAGUUCCAGCAACUUGCAGCCACGUUGUACAACGGAAAUGAAUCCUCAUGGGCCACAAGGAACUACAACCAUUCACGACAAGAACACGAUCGGGCGACUUUGGACGACCGGAAUGAAGCAAUAGACCUGGCGUUUCGGGACAUAAACGCGUGGGACAAUGAUCUUCACAACACGAUGCCCCCCCACAACCAGGUUCCAGGCAUGGUACCACCAGCAGCCGGCACUGCACACGACGACUUGACGCUGGAGGACGACUAUGCCUAUCCCUAUGAACAGGGACCGUACAAUCUUUUGUCUCAUCAAAUAGAUCCAGAACAACCUCCUCCGCGGCAGGGAGCGCAUGACGGUCGUGCACGUCGAGGAGAUCUUCGUGAAAACCGAAGAGAGCACAACGACGUUGGCGCAACUUCCACUGGCAAUGCCCCCGAGCGGCGCCCGGUGCGUGCUAUGCUCGAAGCUGUUGCUGCUGAUCUACGCGAGAGACGACGUAGGAUUAUCGACCGAUGCCGCUCGUAUGGGGAGCGGGGGCCGUCGCGGUCACGCGGCCGACACGAGGACAGCAGAUUGCGGAAAGCCCGGGCGGCUGCCCUCGCACUGAAAGAGGUCGACGCUCAGCUCGCAGAGGUCGCACGAGAGCAGAGAGAAGCUAGUCGCAGGGAAGCCGAUUCGUCGUUCUUUGAUGAUGUUGGAACAAACCAGAACCUGCACCGAGCUGCGAGUGCCAGCUCGUCGCAUGAAGUAGAUCCUCGCUUGGUGGAAGUUGUAGAUGGUGUCGUGGCAAACAGAAGAAAUGGAAAUGGCUCAGCAUCUUCAUCCUCUCGAGUAGGACCUGCUUCAGGUGCAACUUCUAUUGGGGCAAGUCAGUCGGGAUACAACUAUCCACCCUCGCGUGGUAGCGGCACUUCUGCUCUCGAGCACCGUCGACGACCACCAUGGGACAACCACGACGACGCUGCCUCCGGCGAUGAUACGCAGGAUGCGCAACGAAAUCACAAUGCAGACGAAAAUUAUAUGCUGGCAGCUGAAUCAGACCGCGGCACGCAUGCACAGCGCCGCGCUUCUUUCGAUCCUGUCCUCGACAACUAUCACCCAGAAGAGCAAAGUAGACUUCCGGGACGCGAAGUGGAGCGCGAUCUUAUGCGUCGCGCUCGGCGUGCAAAUUCAAUAUCCUCUUCGGAGAGUGUCUCGUCUGAACCACCGGCGGCACAAUCGGAUCGCCUCCUUUCUGACGAGGAACUGGAGUUUCUUGACUCGUUGGAUUUCUACGGUCCUGAGCCCCCUGCACUUGCGCAACGUCAGGAGGAAGGAGGUAAAAGAAGCUCUUUUCAAUUACUUUUGUACUUGCAAUAGGAAUAAAAGUAAAAGUUGGCGCAGGCACGAAAGUUUUGUUAUAGAAAGACAUGCGGAGAACGAGAAACGCAAGCGCAAUGAUCAACAUGUAGUGAUAUCUCGAUGCUGUGAUCUUAAGACUAAGAGUUCUCCUUCUCUUGCAGUAAAGAAGAACACACAAUAAAACUGAGUGCCUGAUUCAAAAUGAGAAUUCGACUUACUUGAUGUUGAUACAAAUUGCAAAAACGCACACAGAUCGACGAUUAUUGCCUGCUAACUCAGCUGGAGCUGCAAAUAGACCGGAGCAAGGACGACCCGUAAGGAAUCAUGCGAACGAUGAAGACCGGACGUUGCAAACGACUAGGCUGGCCCGCAUCACCGGUUCUAUCCUCGGAGCGCUCAAUCACCGACCGGUUCCCAUAAUCAGGGAACGAAGCGAUCGUCGCAAUGGCGAUCUUGGACCAUCCGGUGCAACUGCUUCUUCGGGCGAGGCAAGAGCUGCAUCAGAGGUGAUGUCGGGUAACGCCGCCUCCUCCGAACAGGCAGCGCGGCAGGGGAUAGCUUCCUCGCGACGUCUUCAGCUGCCCGUUGCCCAGAGGAAAGGUGCUGGAAAGAGUUCUGGUGCCUCGUCUUCCUCUUCUUCCUCAUCUCGCCUUCUAAUGCAACCUGCAGGAGGUAGGCCUUCUGCAGCUAUUUCUUCGUCUGGACGAGGAGCCUGGACGGGCGGAACCUCACGCAGUAGAGAAGCAGCAGGUCAUGGAGUUCUUUCUACGUCGAGUUCAUCUUCUGCAGGAGCAGCUGUGCACACGAAUCACCAGCCGGCACGUCCCUCGAGAUCGAGCCGUGUGGGCACAGCAGUCAAGGCAGCCGCCGCACCCGCCUCUUCCGCUGCUUCGUUGUCGUUGGGUCGUCGUGAAGCGACGACGACUUUGGUGGAAGCUGAUCAUGCAGAAGCCGGGUUGAUGGCGUUGGAUAUCACCAGAAGUGCUGAAGAACAAGGUUUGGUCGAUCCUCCUUUUGAUGAAGAUGAUGAUCCUGCUUUGUACGGUCGUCCCCUGUACAACAACUCUCAGCACGUCGGCCGAUCGAUCAAUGAGCAUCCAUUUACGUCGGAAGUGGGCGCGGCUGACGAUAGGAACAACGACAAAGCGGCUCACUACGACCGUCGUGUACUGGAUGAACGAUUGUUCUAUUCGGCGGAAGUACUUGAUGAUCAUGAAGCUGGUGAUCACUUUGAUCCCGGUGCGCCGGUAGCCUAUCCAGAUCAUCCGGGUAAUAAUGCAGCAACUGCAGCUUCUCUUGUUCCACUUUCAGCUAGUACAGGAGCAGCGCGACCGGCCGCCUCGCAUGCCGGAACCGGAAUAGCAACUGCAGCAGCUGCUGGUCCAUUGAAUGGACCGGAUCCACCGCCCUUCGUGGCACAGCAGAAUGGUGCCCGGUCCAGGCGACUGCGGGAUCGUGCUGAUCUGCUCCGCGAAGACUUCCGGAACAACCGGAGAAACAAUCAUAACAAAUCAGAGUCCAAACGAGGCAAGUCGAAGAUGCACUCCCACAGGAAAAAUGGUGUCAUUGACAACUUGGAGAAAGAUGCUGCACCAGCAACUGGAUCUACUAUCGAGCAGACGGUGCGUCGUCAGUCACCUCCUGACAAGAUCGUGGUGGAGAAAGUUCCGCAGUUCGGAGAAAACAUCACGGUGCACACGAAAAAUUACGGGAAGCUGCUGGAAAUACUGGAACAAAGUACAAAGAAAAACAUCUCAUUCGGCGUGAAGGAGAUACUGCUCUUCUGGCAGGACCACCCCGAAGCGGAGAAAAAUGGGUUCGGUGUGGCCGCGGCUCUGACCCCGGCGCUGCGGGAACUUGCCUUCAAGCGGAAGUUCAUUGACUACAGAAAAACGGACGCAAACGGCAGACCCGUCGUGGAGCCUUGGUUUAUGGGCUGAGAGUGGAUAUUGAAGAACUUUUAUGCUGCGCAGCUCUGUAAUUCAUGCUUUUCACUUUCAUCGCAGGAUAAUGUUUCAAAAGACGACGUGGUCAGCUACUGCGUGACAGAACUGAGGCAAUUGGGUUCCAUGGUCGUGUUCAGUACAAAAACAACAAACGAGAAUACAACGACAUUUGUUGCUGAGGCUUGAUGUCUGAAGUUGUGCACGUCGGUAACCUUCCAGGGGAGAGAACGAAGCUGCUGCCGCUGUCGGUCCUUCCUCAGAAUGUCGAACAUGUAUGAUCUAGCAAGCACAUAGAUCAUGAUCUUGUCGGUUGAUAUUCAUU